CAAAAUAUCCGGCUGGCAUCCAAACAUAUACAAAUAUUGGAUAUUUUCAUAGCACUAGUUGUUGUUUUUAUAAGGGUUGAAAAAAGGGGGUUUGACAUAACGACAAAAAAUAAACAGCAGCAUAGUAUGACAUAUUAAAAAAGAAAGCAACUAGCCAAAGUGAAAAAAGAAGUUUGAUCAAUUACAAAAUUGUUAAAUAAUAAUUAUUUUUACAAAAACGAAGACAUCACGGUGAAGAGUAACUCGAUUAAAUAAAACAUCUUUGUUACUAAUGUCGUGGUGCAUACGAUUUUAGUGUGAAAUCGCAGCAAAUGAAAACGGGGGUUGCAGAAAGAAAUUGGAAAGAAAAUUUUUUUGCUUGACGCUUUUGUGGGGGUCUUUUUUCAUGACGCCUAAACCCCAUCCUGGUGUAAGAUAAUAGAAUUUGAAAUAAUCAACAAAAUAUCCGAUGGUUCGUAGCAAAUCAUCAUCGUCCUCCUCAUCGGGUAAUGCCAGUAACAACAGCAGUACCAAAUCACCCAUACGCCAGUCGCAUCGUAAAACUUCCAGUACAUGUAGUGUAGCACUGGAUGAUGUCAAGCCAUCCACCUCAUCAAAUCGACGCUCACCCAAUUCCUCGCCGGAUGAUGAUUCCGAUGACUAUGAUGUUCCAAUGAAUACCAGAUCACCCUUUAGUUCCGUACAUAAACAAAAUCUGUAUGUGGUUUCAUUUCCUAUCAUCUUUCUUUUCAACGUACUUCGUACGCUAAUCUAUCAGCUGUUUUGUAUAUUUCGCUACAUCUACGGAGCGAGCACAAAAGUCAUUUAUCGUCCGCAUAAGCGUGAAUGUAAUAUUGAAAUUGUUGUUGGAUCCUCAUCAGGUGCACAAAAUUCCAGUUUGGUGGCCGUCUCGUCCAAGGAUAAACAUCAGCUGUUAGAACAGGCACACACAAAUUCGUCAACAUCGACAGCUAUUGCCCCAUACCCCUUGCCAGGGUCGAGAGUACGUCAUCCGCAACAACAAUUGGAAAUGUUCAAUAAGAAUAACACUGGUGCCGGAGGCGCUGGAGCCUCGGGUCCCGGACCAGGAGAUCCUUUGUUGGCCAAACAAAAACAUCAUCAUCGUCGAGCAUUCGAAUACAUUUCAAAGGCCUUGAAAAUCGAUGAAGAAAAUGAAGGUCACAAGGAAUUGGCGAUUGAACUGUAUCGCAAGGGCAUCAAAGAGUUGGAAGACGGCAUUGCUGUCGACUGCUGGAGCGGACGUGGUGAAGUUUGGGAACGAGCCCAGCGAUUGCAUGAUAAAAUGCAAACAAAUCUCUCUAUGGCAAGGGAUCGUUUACACUUUUUGGAAUUGCGUGAUGAACAGUUGCGUAUGGAAGCAUUACAUCUAAGGGAAGAACAACAAAACAAAAAGCAAGACAAUACAAGAAAUCGUUCAAAUCUAAAACACAGAAAAACCACUACACCGUCCACAACUUCCAAGGCGGCGGCGGCCACAAAAAAUGUUCAAGUUGUACAGCCAAUGCAAAUGGAAUAUAAUAGCUCGAAUAAUAAUAAUAGUGGUGGUAGCGCUGGUGCAAGUUGUUCCAUACCCAUGGUGCGUAUUAAUAACACCACGAAAUUACGCAGUAUUGCUGCUCACAAUAUCAGAAAUAAUUAUAACUCGAAUAACGCCUCAUCUAAUGCGGGGUCGCCUUCUGCCACAGCAUCGGGUCGCAAACUUACCGUCAGCUCGAAACGUCCAGGCAACCUAGCUGUUGUAAAUAAAUCACAAACCCUACCAAGAAAUUUGGGCUCAAAAAAUGCAAUAGCCGGUGUAUCACAGCGUCAGCCGAUUAAAACCGCUGCUACACCGCCUGCUGUUCGAAGGCAAUUUUCCUCGGGUCGAAAUACACCACCGCAACGUUCUCGUACACCCAUAAGUGGCAUUGGGGGUGGCAGCUCGGGUGGUGGACAAUCGAACAGUGGUGCCAGUACACCGGUUGUCAGCGUUAAGGGUGUUGAACAGAAAUUGGUACAAAUUAUAUUGGAUGAAAUUGUUGAAGGUGGCGCCAAAGUGGAAUGGUCUGACAUAGCUGGGCAAGAAGUUGCCAAACAGGCGUUGCAAGAAAUGGUCAUAUUGCCAGCUGUACGACCAGAAUUAUUUACUGGUCUAAGAGCCCCGGCAAAAGGUUUACUCCUGUUUGGACCGCCCGGUAAUGGCAAAACGUUAUUGGCCCGAGCCGUCGCCACCGAAUGUAGUGCAACAUUUUUGAAUAUUUCAGCAGCUUCAUUAACAAGUAAAUAUGUGGGUGAUGGUGAAAAAUUGGUGCGAGCCCUAUUUGCCGUUGCCCGGGAAAUGCAACCAUCGAUUAUAUUCAUUGAUGAAGUGGAUUCUUUACUAUCGGAACGUAGCAGCAAUGAACAUGAAGCAUCGCGACGUUUAAAAACUGAAUUUCUUGUAGAAUUUGAUGGUCUGCCGGGUAAUCCCGAUGGGGAUCGUAUUGUUGUUUUGGCAGCCACCAAUCGUCCACAAGAGCUGGACGAAGCCGCUCUCAGGCGAUUCACAAAACGUGUCUAUGUCUCGUUGCCCGAUAUGGAAACACGUGAGCUGCUGUUACGUCGUCUGCUACAAAAACAAGGUAGCCCCUUAGAUACAGACGCCCUCAAGCGUCUGGCAAAACUCACCGAAGGAUAUUCUGGUUCAGAUCUAACUGCACUAGCCAAAGAUGCAGCCCUGGAGCCUAUACGAGAAUUGAAUGUGGAACAAGUGAAAUGUUUGGAUAUAAGUGCAAUGCGUCCAAUAACCGAAAAUGAUUUUCAUAAUUCAUUGAAACGUAUACGUCGCUCAGUAGCCCCCCAAAGCUUAACAUCAUAUGAAAAAUGGUCUCAAGAAUAUGGUGAUAUUACCAUUUAAAAUUUAACUAGGUAUUAUUUUUCUAUAUAUGUACACACACAAGCAGAAAGAAACAACCAACAACACCACACACAGUCUCACUCCCUCAACUAUACAAAACUUACACUUGAUGAAUCUAUUAUAUACCUUUGAAUAUUUUUAAGUUAUGUAGUAUUAAAUAAUAUUGUAUUCUAUCUCUCCUAUAACUACAGCUGCAAGAAAGUCGUUCGUUAUCCUACAUUUCCCCACACUAAUCGAUUGCCUGCCUCCCUACACUACAUACUAUACGGGCACAUUGAUUGGGUGAUACCUUUUUUCCAUUUCAAGGCAUUUCAGAAAUGUGAGUUUACACCCAAAUAAUUAUUUGUUUCAUUAGUUUUUGGAUUAGUCUUCUCAUCACAGAUUAUAUGUUUCAAAAUAAUUCCAUGUUAGAAUAUGUUUUAUUUGUGCUAAAAAAGAAAAAUUGCCUUUUACAUUUCAUAGAAAACAAACUUAGAUUUACUCUUCAUUUUAAUGGCCCUAUGUUUAAUGUUUAGGUUAGUUAACAUUUCAUUGGCAAAACAUUUAGUUUUGUAGCGAAAAACUCAUUGUAUAUGCCGUUCAUUAUAUUUCGUGAGACAAACAUGUAUACAAGACCCAGUGUUUUCAGGUUAAAUAUUAUACAAACAUUAUUAUUUAAUUGCGGAUUUGUUUUAAAAUCUUUAUAAUUAUAAGUAUGUGUUAAGUUCAUUUUUAUUAAGCAAUUUCUUUCUAUAUUUAUACAAAAUUUCUAAUGUCAUUAUUAAGCCUUGUUUAUAUUCAUAUUUCGUCGUUUUCGUCAUCAUCAUCUAAAAACAUUGUACUCACAAUUGGUAUUGCACUGUUCCAUAAGAUUUCUAUAUGUAGUAUUUAAUAAAUUCGUUUUUAUACUACCCUCUUCUAGUAGAGCAAAAAAUUAAUACAUAAGUUACUAUGCAUUUUUUCUCCUAUUUCUAUUAUUUCCAUGUUAAUUCAUGAUACUCUUGUAUUGUGACAAAUGUCGCUGCAAAAUAGUGCUGUAAUAUAAUAAGAUUUUUACCUAUGUAAUAUGUAGUAUUUUCAAUGAAUAUGUUUAUAUUUGUAUGUUAAAUUCUGUAUCUUUCACUGUUUUUUUUUUUUAAUUUAGGAUGAGAAGUCUAGUUUUGACUAUAGAACUAUCAAACCAGGAUAACCCUUUUACAGAUCUAGUCUGGCUAGUAACUCCCCCACAAAAGGUCGAAAUUUUCACAAAAUUUAUUUUCUGCACAGAAAGAGAAAGGAUAAUCAGAUUUUGCUCCGACUUUGCAAAUCCUAAUAUUUGCGUCAGUGCAAUGUUAGGUGCGAAAAUAGACAAUAUCAGUCCACUCCAUCAAGUACUUCCCCACAAAGGGUCAAAAUUUUGAAUAAUUACAGCUCUUCUAAAAUGUGAUGCAAGAGUCCGAUUGUCUUCGAAUUUCACACAUCCCAAUAUCUAUAAUUUUGCUCUAACUUUGCAAAUCUUAAUAUUUGCGUCAGUUCUAGGUCAGGUGCAAAAAUGAACAAUAUCGGUCCACUCCAUCUAGUACCCCACAAUGGGUCAAAAUUUUGAAUUAUUACAACUCUUAAAAAAUGUCUUCAAAUUUCACACAUCCCGAUAAUUUUAUUAGACCUAGCACGUCGCAAUAUUUAUAACAUUUUUUCAAAACCCACUCCAUAGAGGGUCAAGAGUUUGAAUAAUUACAACAGAAGUCAAAAUAUUUUUAUAAAAUCGAAAAUUGGCUGAGAGUAUACUCUCUUUGAAAUAGGUGAAUUCAUUAAGUUUUGUUGGAACAAAACCAACUCGACGUGUUUCCCAGUCAAUUAAUCUACUAAUUGGUAAGAUUGUCAUCGAAGAAAAUGACAAUAGGCUGCAAGGUAUCUAAAAUCAUCUGGCCGGAGAUUUUUUACUUCUUCUCCAAAUUUCCGGCCAGAUGAUUUUAGAUACCUUGCAGCCUAUUGUCAUUUUCUUCGAUGACAAUCUUACCAAUCAGUAGAUCAAUCGACUGGGAAACACCUCGAGUGGUUUUUGUUCCAACAAAACUUAAUAAAUUCACCUAUUUCAAAGAGGGCACUCUUGCUAUGAAGAUUAUCUGUCGAUUUUAUGACCCUUGACUUGAUAGCUUCAAGGGCUGCCUGACCAUGCAUCCGGUUUCUAAGUGUCAUAUCCUGCCAGGGACCUCGCUUUUUGUUCAGCGUAAGAGGGUUCUUUAACACCUAAUAGCAUGUUAGUGGUUUGAAAGUCUCAUCAAUCGGUGGUUCAGUCGACUGCGCAGCAUUCCGAGCUUAUUCAUCAGCCAUUUCUGGCCGAUAAUUGACUUUACAGGUCCACAUUUUCAUAUAGCCCCCAUAUUAAUGUACCUUCUUCAACGGAAUAAUCUAAAAAUAGAUAUUUGAAAUUUGGAAUAGGCACCGCCUACUCUGGCAGAUAAUUGGCUAUAUAGGUCCAAUUUUUCGUAUAGCCUCCAUAUAUCUCUACCACCAGAUAUUCUGAUAAUAUUGAUAAUCUUAGAGGAUUUUUUUUCAAAUUUGCAAGUUCUUUACAAAUGGUGGAGGGUAUUAAUAGUUGUAGUCUACCAAGACAAAUAUUCGUCUAAAGGCUUUUCAAAUUUAUUUUUUUCACUUCCUAGCCAUGAAAAUAUAAAAAGCAGGAGCUUCUUACAUUUAGGAGAUUUUUUUAAAGGUUCUGAGGUCGGAUCGGUGUGCUUUAAAUUAUAAAAUGUUCAUUGUAAUAUUUGGAAUGCUUAUGAACUUAUAAAAGGAAACAAUGGCAUCUACAGAUGAGAUUGUUGGGAACAAGAGAAUAGGAUGCUUGGCCGUAGAUUUAUUAUCUUUUGCAGGGUUCUGAGCAUGGUAGGAGUCUUUUUACAUAUGGUAUGGAAUAAGGGGAAGCUAGGUUACAGUUUAAUAGUCGGUAAUAUGAAAUCUGUCCAGGCGAAAUUUUAACACUUUAUAAUAACAUAAUCUCAGGAUCUCUAAGAUUGAUGCCUGAUCAUGUUAGUCCUUACGAAAGUAAUCUACAUCAUUGGUCCACCAAACUGAAAGGUCACGCUAUUUCCCUCCCUAUACCUUGGGUGUUUGUAUCUCUCCUGCCUCAGUACGAUAAACGAUAUAAUAUUUGUGACGAAUUGUCUUUGAGUGUCGUUACAUCUUCGCCAGGUGGGUAUAAUUUUUCAUAGGGCGUAUAUGAACGUAUGGUUGCUAAUCAUGUUUUGUAUUGCUGCAACAUUUCCGCUGCUGUGUUCCUGGCAUAUGGCCGGAGAAGACCUGUAUAAAAAAAGUUUGGUUCCGACGUAACUGUUAUAAACAAUUAAUAUUUUCUUUAGUGAAAACAAAAACACUUUCUAUUUCUUAUAUUUAACAUUCCAUUAAAUAUCAGGUUAAACUAUAUUUUAUUGUAACUGUUAUCAGUCUUUAUUUUCGUCUUUAUUAUUUACAAGAAAACUAGAUAUAUAAAUCAACUUCCAUUUUAUUCAAACAAUAGAGCCUACCUAAAAUCAAACUGAAAAUAAUUGUUAACUAUUAACCAACACAUUGUACAUUUCAAAUAGCAUCAAAUCUAAAAUCGUAAUAGAUACAUACAUACAUAAACCCAUUUUCACACAUGGUAUAUAGAUAUAUAGCAAACAAUGGGAAAAAUAAUUGUUACUUUGUAGAAUAAAAAGCAAUAGUUUUAAACAAAUCAUACUAUUUAUUAUUUAACUCACAACACUACACAUGUUACAAUUAUGAGUUUUCAUGUUUGUUUGGCACUUGCAAUACUUUUGCAGAACAAUAACGAAUUAAUACUAAAAAAAAAAACAAAAUGGAUUAUUAUAUGUAUAUGUAGUUAAAAAAAAAAGAAACUA